AUGAAUGUGAUAAAGGUUGAUCACAAGCUGCGAGGACUUGAGACUCUUACCAGGCAAGGAGCUGCUCACGGAGCUGAGUGCAGAGUCCUUAGCCGCCUUAGCCCAGCUACCUUUGCGACUGGGUUUCAAGGGACAAGCCGAGGUGCUGGAUCGGGCGCUCGGGGUAUUGCCGGGAUUGUUCUGGGUUUAGCCCACUUUCAGAGGUCUUGCAGAAGAUCCAAACACGGGCUGGCAGCUAGCCCCGAAAAGGUUCACAGAGUGCAGAAGAAAAGUGAUGAUUCACGUCAGAGACAGAAGCAGUGGGAACUGGAAGAGCGGCAGGCAGAGUUCUGGGAUCAUCUCUUCGAAGGUCCCGAAGAUUCUUUCAGACUUGCUGGAGAGGAUCCAGACGUUUUGAGGCAGAAAAGAGUAAUGAUUAUGAUUUCGGACACCGGUGGUGGGCACCGUGCAUCCGCCAUGGCACUUGCUGAUGCGCUGCAGGAGCUGUAUCCAGUGCACAUUACGAUUCGUGAUGUGUGGACCGAAUCAUGUCCUUUUCCGUUCAAUACGGUUGUCAAGCAGUACAUGUGGAUGGCAAAGCACACAUGGUCUUGGCGCAUGCUGUGGUACAGCAGCAAGUUUCCAGUGACCAGGUGGAUGAUGCAGAGGUUCGCAAACAUCUUGUGCAAGCGAAUAUUCAUGAAGGCAAUCCAGGAUGACGCUCCGGACUUGAUCAUAUCUGUUCAUCCUGGAACACAACACAUCGUCAUUAAGGCACUUAAAAAGCUAGCCCGUCGUCAAGGCAGUAAAAGCCGCAUUCCGUUCGUUACAGUUGUUACAGAUCUCGGAUCAGCUCAUCCUAUGUGGUUCCAUCCUGAAGCAGAUCGGGUCUUUGUUCCCUCAGAUCCUGUGAAGGAUAUUGCGUUGAAAUGCCGCGUGCGUGAAUCUGUCAUCGAGGAGUAUGGAUUACCUCUCAGGCGUGCAUUCUGGAAUGCUGAGCCGCGGACCAGACAGGAGGUUCGUGACGUCCUUGGCAUCCGUCAAUUAAAAACAGUCCUUGUUGUUGGUGGUGGUGAUGGCGUUGGUCGCUUGUUCAAUGUGGCAGAGGCGCUUGGCCAGAACCUCCAGGAUUUGGCAGACACCGGUGGUGCACAACUUGUCGUCAUUUGUGGCAAAAAUGAGAAGGUGAGGAAGCAGCUUCAAGCCAUGCAGUGGCCUGAUGCUGUGCAUGCACACAUUGUUGGGUUUGUCAAGAACAUGGACGAGUGGAUGGCUGCUGCAGAUGUGAUUGUGACAAAGGCUGGUCCAGGAACUAUAGCAGAAGCUUGCACAAGGAAGUUGCCUGUCAUGCUUAGCUCCUAUCUUCCUGGACAGGAGCAAGGAAAUGUCGGCUUUGUAGUUGACGGAGGCUUCGGUGACUUUUGCUCGGACCCUCGCACCAUCGCACGGACGGUCGUUGGCUGGCUUCAAGAUGAAGAAGCUCUUCGGCGAAUGUCUAAAAACGCCGGUGAACAAGGCCGCCCGCGGGCAACGCUCAAGAUCGCGCAAGCGAUCGGGCAGAAAUGGCUUGCUACGAGCACAUCGACGCUGCUGUCGAUGCUGGAGAAGCUGUUGAAGUCAGAGUUGAACUCAGGAGCAGCAACUGGCCUCGACACGGGCGCUUCGGAACGACUACCAGAACAUGUCGGUCAGCAGCUGUCCGAUGCCUUGCGUGGAUUGAAGCAAGCGCAGCAGGACUGCCAAAGUUCGGAAGCGUCCCUCCGCGAUGCGAAGGAGCGAGUCCGGCAAGCUCUAGCAGAGGCAGGACAGUUCCGAGGUUCGCCAAUGGAUCUGUUUUCUCGCUCUGGUGCCUAA